AGGUUGGCUGUAGCGUAGAAAGAAAAGUUAUGUGAGGUUAGGUUUGGUGUUAAAGCGCGCCAAAAUUAUUGUUAAUGCUUGGGUAUUAGAAAUUAUAAGAUCCGAAAUUGUUGUUUUUGUGUAAUUUAUAGAAGUAUAGACUAAAAUAAUGGAUGUAGCAAAUGCACAAGUAGUGCAUAUUCAAGUGAAAGAUGAAAUUGGUAUUCGCACUCAGAAAAUGUUUCAAGACUUCUUGGAAGAAUUUAAGGAAGAUGGGGAAUACAAAUACAUCGAUUUAGCAAAAGAUGUAAUAGUGCAGGAGCUGUCAACAAUGGUAGUCAGUUUUAAAGACAUCGAAAAGUAUAACCACAAUCUUGCAGCAACAAUUACAGAAGAAUAUUUCCGAAUUUAUCCCUUUCUGUGCCAAGCUGUGUGUAAUUUUGUGAAAGAUCGAAGCAGCCCUCGUAUAGAAAAGGAAUUUUAUGUUAGUUUUGUUGACGUAUCCACACGGUUUAAGAUACGCGAAAUGAAGACAGAUAAAAUUGGCACACUUACUCGAAUUACAGGACAAGUCAUUCGUACUUAUCCUGUACAUCCAGAACUUGUACUGGGAACGUUUGUUUGCCUUGAUUGUCAGACUGUUGUGAAGAACAUUGAACAACAAUUUAGGUUUACACUUCCAACAGUUUGCAGAAAUCCUGUAUGUGCUAACCGAAAAAGAUUUUUGUUAGAUGUGGAUAAGUCUGUUUUUAUUGACUUUCAAAAAAUUCGAAUUCAGGAAACACAAGCUGAACUUCCACGGGGAUGUAUUCCUAGAAGUGUAGAAGUUAUACUGCGUGCUGAGAAUGUUGAAACUGUUCAAGCCGGUGACCGAUACGACUUCACUGGUGUGUUAAUAGUGGUUCCUGAUGUCGGGAGUUUAACAUUACCAGGAACAAGAGCUCAAAUUGGUUCACGUCAUAAGCGAGGUGAUGAACCUGAAGGUGUUAGGGGUUUAAAGGCACUAGGAGUACGUGACCUAAGUUACAGAAUGUCAUUUGUUGCGUGCAGCGUACAAAGUCUUGGUCUACGUUUUGGUAGUCUCGACUUGCCUUCCGAUACCUUAACGCCGGAAAUGAUGAAGCAGCAGUUAACAGAGAGCGAAUGGGAUGACAUGUACGAAAAAUCCAAAGACAAGAAUUUGUACCGCAAUUUAAUCAACAGCCUGUUCCCCAGUAUUCACGGAAAUGAUGAAGUUAAAUGUGGAAUAUUGCUCAUGUUGUUUGGUGGUGUUUCAAAAACCACAAUGGAGGGAACUUCAUUAAGAGGGGAUAUUAAUGUGUGCAUUGUCGGAGAUCCCAGCACUGCUAAAUCUCAGUUCUUAAAGCAGGUGGCCGAGUUUGCUCCAAGAGCAAUCUACACAUCAGGGAAAGCGUCCACCGCGGCGGGCUUAACAGCAGGAGUCGUAAAAGAUCAAGAGUCAGCUGAUUUUGUCAUAGAAGCGGGAGCCCUAAUGUUAGCCGACAAUGGGAUUUGCUGUAUAGACGAAUUUGACAAGAUGGAUCUAAGUGAUCAGGUAGCUAUUCACGAAGCAAUGGAACAGCAAACAAUUUCCAUAGCAAAGGCUGGUGUUCGCGCAACAUUAAAAGCAAGAACUUCAAUUCUUGCUGCUUUAAAUCCGAUAGAUGGCCGUUACGACAGAGCAAAAUCUUUGCAGCAGAACGUAGCGUUAACUGCCCCUAUUAUGUCGCGUUUCGAUUUGUUCUUUAUUUUGGUAGACGAAUGUAACGAAGUUGUCGAUUACGCCAUUGCAAGAAAAAUUGUUGACUUGCAUAGUCAUAACGAGGAUGUUAUUGAGAAGAUUUACUCAAAAGAGGAAGUAUUGCAAUACAUUACAUUAGCACGUAAAUUCAAACCUGUGAUUAAUGAGGAGGCCGCGGAAUUGCUAGGAAAAUAUUACUGCACAUUGAGAGCUCGUGAUAGUACGGCUGCGGGUCAAGCUACCUGGCGAAUCACAGUUAGGCAAUUGGAAAGUAUGAUCCGUUUAUCAGAAGCUAUGGCACGUAUAGAAAUUGCAGAUGAAGUACAAGUUAAACAUGUAAAAGAGGCAUAUCGUUUACUAAAUAAAUCGAUAAUACGUGUAGAACAGCCAGAUAUUCACUUUGAAGAAGAUGGAAAUGUUGAAGGUACAAACGGAGAAGCGAAAAAUCAAGCGGACACUCCAGAAGCAGAACAGCCUACCAAGAAAAAAUUAGUACUCACGUUUGGCGAAUACAAAAGGCUAAGUGAUAUGAUUAUUACUCAUAUAAGGCGCGUAGAUGCAAAGUUAGAAGAAGAGGGUAAAACGGGGGGCGUAACACGUACAGGUGUUAUUAGUUGGUAUUUGGAGUUAAUAGGUGACCAAAUAGAAUCGGAUGGUGAAUUGGUUGAAAAACAGGAGAUGAUUGCAAAAGUUAUUGAUAGACUGACUUAUCAUGAUGAAAUUUUAAUUCCUUUAACUACUGGGGGAUUAAGUAGAGCCAAUCGAGAGGAAGAGAAUCCUAUAUUGGUAGUACAUCCGAACUAUGUUGUUGAUCGUUAAAUGUAGAAAAAACCUUUUUCUUGAUAUUGUUAGAUUUAAGAAUAAGUAUUUUAGUUUAUUUUACUUUUAAUAAUAACAGUAGAUAUUUUGUAGAAA